AUGCCGGAAACCAGGCUGAUCGACCUGCUCAAUAAGCACCACCAAGAGGAAACCAGACAGGACCAGGUAGGAGACCUGAAAAUCCACAACCAGGAAGGAAUGGAGGACGAGUGUUCCUCGUGGCAGGAAGGCAGGGACAAAGAAGAAGGAAUUGCUCUUGACAAGCCUUGGGCCGGUAUCACACCAGUGCCUAAAGGCCUUACUGAGCGUUUGUUAUCUUGCAGAUCACACGCUUCACAGAAGCCCGAGGCAUACCGAAUGCCCAACAUCACUAAGUUGAGUCCAAAAGUGCCGAACCACUUUUUUGCAUCAACACUACUCAUAAGAACCAGCUACACAGGCAAGAGAGUUUUGUCGUGCUAUUUUAUGAUAGCAUCUGCAAAACUGAAGAGAGGAGAAAAGCUAGCAAAGCUAGUAGUCGAUGACUACCCAAACGUAUUUCCUGACGAGUUACCUGGAUUACUACCAAUAAGGGAAAUCGAGCUUCGCAUCAAUUUCGUACUUGGAACACAGCAAAUCUCAAUCAGACCUUACCGAAUGGCACCGGCGAAAUUGACAGAACUUAAUGUGCAGCUCAAGGACCUGUUUGCAAAAGGGUUCAUUCAAGAAAGUACAUCACCUUGGGAAGCUUCGAUUCUAUUUGCCAAGAAGCAUGAUGGUUCACUUUGA